UGUGCGUGGGAGCCGGAAGUCGCUUCCUCGGUGGCCAGCAGCGGGGACAUGGCGUCGGGAGGCUCCCCCGUGGACCGGCUGCCUCCGCCGUUCCCCGGCAGAGGCGGGGAGGAUGAGGAGGCAGCGGCGGCCGGCGGUGCUCCCGCCUCAGGGGACAGCGACUCGGACGGAGAGGACAUUUUCACCGGCGGCGCCGGUAAGCCAGUGGCCCCUAAGAAGGAAUCCCCUGUACUAUUAAGAAACAGCACGAAAACAAACGGUGUUCAAGAGGAGCAGGACGAUCAAGACCUAUUUGCAGAUGCCACUGUAGAAUUAUCUCUGGAUAGCACACAAAAUAACCAGAAGAAGGAGACACCUACCAUGUUCAGUCCUGUCCCUUCUGUAGAGGAAACAGCAAAUUCCUCUUCUAAGCAUCAGUCCAAAACCUACGAGGAGCUGGAAGAAGAAGAGCAGGAAGACCAAUUUGAAAUUUCAGUGAGAGUGAGUGAUCCAGAGAAAAUUGGGGAUGGUAUGAAUGCCUACGUAGCCUACAAGGUGUCAACCCAGACCACGUUGCCAAUGUUCAGGAAUAAGCAAUUCUCAGUGAAGAGGAGAUUCAGCGAUUUCCUAGGCCUGUAUGAGAAGCUGUCGGAGAAACACGCACAAAACGGAUUCAUUGUUCCCCCACCUCCUGAGAAGAGCUUAAUAGGAAUGACCAAAGUAAAAGUUGGAAAAGAAGAUUCCUCCUCCACAGAAUUCCUAGAAAAACGGCGAGCUGCCUUAGAAAGGUAUCUUCAAAGAACCAUAAACCAUCCGACCAUGUUGCAGGACCCAGACGUCCGGGAGUUCUUGGAAAAAGAUGAGCUGCCGCGAGCCCUCGGCACCCAAACGCUGAGUGGAGCCGGCCUCCUGAAGAUGUUCAACAGAGCCACCGAUGCUGUCAGCAAAAUGACCAUCAAGAUGAAUGAGUCUGACAUCUGGUUUGAAGAAAAGUUUCAGGAGGUGGAGUAUGAGGAGCAACGCAUGCGGAAGCUACACGCUGUUGUGGAAAUGCUAGUAAAUCACAGGAAAGAGCUAUCGCUGAAUACAGCUCAGUUUGCGAAGAGUCUGGCCAUGCUGGGGAGUUCCGAGGACAACACCGCCCUGUCUCGGGCGCUCUCCCAGCUGGCCGAGGUGGAGGAGAAGAUAGAGCAGCUGCACCAGGAACAGGCCAACGACGACUUCUUCCUCCUGGCUGAGCUCCUGAGCGACUACCUUCGCCUUCUUUCCGUCGUAAGGGGUGCCUUUGACCAGCGAAUGAAGACCUGGCAGCGUUGGCAGGAUGCCCAGGUCAUGCUGCAAAAGAAACGAGAAACGGAGGCUAGGCUGCUGUGGGCUAACAAGCCUGAAAAGCUCCAGCAAGCCAAAGAGGAGAUCUCAGAGUGGGAAUCUCGUGUGACGCAAUACGAACGGGACUUUGAGCGGAUAUCUGCAGUUCUCCGCAAAGAGGUGUUACGCUUCGAGAAAGAGAAAACGAAAGAUUUCAAGACCCAUAUGACCAAAUACCUGGAGACGCUAUUACACUCACAACAGCAGCUUGUGAAGUACUGGGAAGCAUUCCUACCAGAGGCGAAGGCCAUCUCCUAACCAGGCCAAUCAGACUCGUGCCCCUGGACUGACUCUGCCUUUACUACUAUGUUAUACCUCUUGGCCUUUCAGAUGGAUCCUGCAGACCUGACAAGACUCCUCCCCAAAGGAGCAGCGUCCCUAACUAGUAACUCUUCUAACUGUAUAUUUUUUUUCAUUUAGGUUCAUAUACACAUAUAUAUUUUCCUAUUGAAGAGAGACUAGUUUCCUGCUUAUGUCCAGGACCCGCAAAUAGGUAGCGGGGAUGUGGGCAGGGGUUAAUGCGUAUCCUUCGGACUUCGGUAUCAGACCUAGGAAUGCUUCCUGCGACUCCUGCAGUGCAAUGGCGACUAUGUAAUAAAAACUUUUGAAAAUCA